AGUCAGACUUUGAACUGUGCACUGGCGCUCAUCGCCGCUAAUCUCCGACCGCUGCCUGUCACCGCGCCGCCGCUGCUGCCGCCGCCGCUGACACUCAUCACCGACCCGCUCAGAUACUCAGAUUAGGAUGAACACUUGCUGAGGGAGCCGAGGAGAACCCGAGGGCAACACCGCAAGGGAGAGACGGACACUGAGCUGCGGCGUUUCACGUCCACGCUACUCGGGGAGUUGCGAUGGUCCAGCCACGGGAUAUUUAUCUCGCCUUGCUUCUUGUGGGCUGCACAGUUUCACUGGAAGUGCAGAUCACGCCGACUCAGGGUGAGAUCAGUCUCGGAGAGUCCAAAUUCUUCAUGUGUGAAGUUGUAGGCGUCGCCAAGCACAUAGACUGGUACGGGCCGAGCGGGGACAGGAUAGAGCCGAACAGGCCGGACAUCACGGUAACCCGGAACGAUGAGUCAUCCUCCACCCUCACGCUCUACAAAGCCGGGGCCGACAACGCGGGGACGUACAAGUGCGUCGCCACCGCCGGCAACCAGCAAGCGGAGUCCACCGUCAAAGUGAAAAUAUUCCAAAGAAUCACCUUCACCAACGCGCCCUCGCCCCAGGAGUUCAACGAAGGAGACAACGCCAACAUCGUGUGUGACGUGGUCAGUUCACCUCCCCCCACCGUCAUCUGGAAAUACAAAGGCGCAAAGAUACAAAUGGAGAAAGACGUCCGAUUUAAGCUACUGAGCAACAAUCACCUUCAAAUCCGCGGCAUAAAGAAGACAGAUGAGGGCUUGUAUACCUGCGAGGGUCGCCUCAUGACUCGCGGCGAGAUUGAUCUGCGUGUCAUCAAGGUCGUUGUGAAUGUGGUCCCGACCAUCAGGAUAUGGCAGUCGGAGGUAAAUGCCACAGCAGAUGUCGGGCAGCCUGCCAUCUUGACCUGCGCGGUUGACGGCUAUCCUGAACCCAUGGUGACCUGGACGAGGAAUGAAGUGGAGCUGGAGGCCGGGCAGAAGUACAGCUUUAAUGAAGACGGCUCGGAGAUGACGAUAACGGACGUUUCCAAACUGGACGAAGGAGAGUACACCUGCAUCGCCAGGAACAAGGCUGGGGAGAGCGAGAAGGAGCUCAGCCUGAAAGUGUUCGUGAAGCCGAAGAUCACGUACAUCGUGAACCAGAGCACCUCGGAGAUGGAGGAGCAGGUGACGCUGACCUGCGAAGCCUCAGGAGAUCCGACUCCCACCAUCAGCUGGAGCUACGGCGACCGCGUCUUCACAGAAGGAGAGCAGGCACAUCUAAACAGGAUCUAUCAGGCUUCAUGGACUCGGCCUGAGCAGCACAAGAGCCUGGAUGGGAUUGUAGUGGUGAGGAGUGAUGCCCGUGUGUCUUCCCUCACCCUCAAGUACGUCAAGUACACCGACGCCGGUCAAUACCUCUGCAGUGCGCGCAGCGCCAUCGGAGAGGAUGAUCAGACGGCGUAUCUGGAGGUCCGCUAUGCGCCUAAGAUCCACGGCACGGUGGCGGUGUACACCUGGGAGGGGAAUCCGGUCAACGUGAGCUGCGAGGUGAAGGCCCAUCCCAGUGACGUGUCCAUCGUGUGGCUGAGAGACGGACUGCAGCUGCCCAACGCCAACGCCACCAACACCAAGGUGUACAGGACGCCCUCAGCCAGCUACCUGCAGAUAACCCCUGAGUCUGAAAAUGACUUUGGGAGCUAUAACUGCACUGCUUCAAAUGAGAUGGGCACCGAGUCCAAGGAGUUCCUGCUCAUUCAGGCCGAGGUUCCAUCAGCCCCGUCCAUCGACGAGGUGCGGCCGUUCUCCACCACUGCACAGAUCCUGUUCACCGAGCCCGAGUCCACCGGGGGCGUCCCCGUCCUGAAGUACAGAGCCGAGUGGAAGCUGCAGGGCGGCAGAGGCGGCUGGGUGCACCGCGUCUUCGAAGCCAAAGACGGCGCCGCCGGCGAGGUGACCAUCACCGACCUGAAGCCGGACACCGGCUACAAGGUGAAGCUGUCGGCCGUCAACGGGAAGGGCGAAGGUGAAAGCAGCCCCGUGGAGGCCUUCAACACGGAGCCCGUCCAAGGGAGUCCCAACCCUCCCAAACUGGACCGAGCUCUUCAGCCCAAAGGAAACUCGCUGAAAGUCAGCUGGGUGAAGCAGGACGACGGCGGCUCGCCCAUCUUACAUUACCUCGUCCGCUACAAACCAAUACAGGCGUCAGACUUCAAGCCAGAGAUCCGGCUGCCCAGCGACAGCGAGCACGUGGUCCUCAGAGGCCUGGAGUGGGACACCGAGUACAACGUCUUCGUGGUGGCGGAGAACCACAAAGGCAAAUCCGAGGCGGCGAGCAUGUCGUUCAGGACGUCCUCGGAGCCGGACGCCAUCCCAGCAGACAUGGGCGACGAGGCGGCGCUCUCCAUGGGCAUCAUGCUGUGGGCGGGGAUCCUGGUGGUGGUCUUCGUGGUCCUGCUGCUCGCCGUGGACGUCACCUGCUACUUCGUCAACAAGUGCGGCCUCAUCAUGUGCCUGUGCGGCAAGUCGGGCACGGGGACCAAAGGGCACAACCUGGAGGAGGGCAAGGCGGCGUUCGUCAAAGACGAGUCCAAAGAGCCGAUCGUGGAGGUGAGGACGGAGGACGAGUGCACGGCCAAUCACAACGCGGCGGGACCGACGGAGCCCAACGAGACCACGCCGCUGACGGAGCCAGAGCUGGCGGCUUACACUGCUGCUCUGGCUCAGGACACCCUCUCCUCCGUAGCCACCAACUCUGACACGGCCACCGCGACCCUUGACCUCGCUCAGGACAGCCCCUCUAGCGAGACCACCACCCUGACGUGUAGCCUGUCCACCCCGGCCGCCGAGCCCUCGCCCGCCCCCGUCCCGGCCGCCGAGCCCGAAACGCCGCCGCCGCCGCCGCCGCCGCCGACUCCCCCCGUCGACGCCGUGCCGCCGCCGUCGGUAGAGCGGAGGCGGAGUAACGCCCCGGAAGAGCCGGAGAAGCUGAGCACCCCGCCUCCCACCCCCGACCAGAUCCGGCCGCAGAAGGCCGGCACGCCCAUCCCGCCCAAGCGCCGCCACUCCCCGAAGCUCGCCGCUCUGAACGCGAGGAGUAGCCCGCCUGUGUCGCCCCUCGCCGCGUCCUCUCCAUCGCCGUCUCCCACUCUCGACACUAAGAAACCCGCUCCGAGGCCGCCGGUCAGCGGCCGGCCGCCCACGGUCGCCAUAGAAACAGACGCUCCGGUGCAAACCGCCUCCAGCAGAGCGGCCGCCGCCGCCGCCCCGCCCAGCACACACCCAGACCUAAACCCUGCCGCUCCGGAUCCCGGCGCGUGCGGGCCCCCCGCCUUCGACACGGACCGACCGACGCCCGCCUCCACGGCGGCGGCCGGCGGCACUCUGCAGGACCUGGACGACUCCCCGGUUGCGUUACCCGUCACCGCGAUCCCCCCCUCCCACGGCCCCGCCGGGCUCCAGGCGCCGCUUUCAAACGACCUGCUCACGUCGCCGUCGGACACGUACGACUUACUGACCCCCGACGCGGCGCCCCAACACGCCGGCCUAGACUUAGAGCUGACGAACGGGACGGAGGGACCCUCGCCGCCGCCGCCCGCUGACCUCAUUAGCCUAGACAGCCCGCCCGCGGCCCCCUCUCUGCCCAACGGGGACGGAGCAGACCCCCCCUCAGGCCCAGUCCUGGAGGCGUCAGAGACUCUGGCCAAGACCGCUCCUGUCAACGAUGAGAAGAUUUUUUGCGAUGAGAAGGGCAAACUGGAGGAGGCAGACUUACCAAACACCCUGAUCACUGCAGAUCACAACAGUGUCACACAGACAAACCCCACCGAGAGCAAAGCAUGAUGGGCCGGGGAAACCCUCCCCUCCCCCCUCCCUCCCCCACAGGGCCCCAUCCGAAACAUUGUGCAGCAGCAGAGAGCCAGAAACACUGCAGGAGUUUUGAUUUCCAGUGCCCUUAACUUCACACACGAUCGGUCAUUUCUAGUCCCAUUCAUGAAACGACACACGCACACACACACACACACACACAUACACACACACACGAGGAUUUUACCUUCAGCUCAUCAGAGAUUUAUUUUAUUUUUUUAUUCUGAUUUUAUUUAAGCAGUCGGGACUUUUCAGAACAAUCUCUUUCAUUACGAUGAUGGUAAAUAUAUGAAGCUAGACUUGACUUUCUGUUGUGCUUAGAGUUUUCAUUGCAGUUGCACACAAGUAUUGAAUUAUUAUGAGAAAUGUAAAUGUAAAAAAAAAAAAAAAGAAACAAGUGACUAUAUAUAGAAAUUAUUUUUCUUAUUUUCAUGUUCUAAUACGAAACUGUUGGCUUUAUUUUUUUGAGUUGGACUUUGAUUUUCUUUUUCUGUUAAAUAGCUUGUUCUGCAUGUCUGACCUGCGAGUGGUUGUAUAAGUUUUUGUUUACGAGGUUCAUUGUUUCCACUGUGUGUCUGUUUUGGGGAGGUUUCGUCUCUCAGACAUGCUGGCGUUGAGAGGUCACAGUUGUUAUGGGGAUCUUGAAGUACAGGACGAACCCACAGCCAGCUGCAGGGGGGGU